AAGUGACGCCCGCACAUGAGCAAAUGGGUUGCGAUAACGGUUGUCGACGCAGUAGUUACUUUAUUUUAGCAACAAUUUUCUUACAAUUCGCUACGAUGUCAUACAGUUCUAUUAGCACAAACCAGAAAUUAUCGAAAAUAUACCCAAGCGAAGAACGAUUUUAAAGUGAUUAAGAGUUGAUGUGCUACUAUGACGUCAGCGGGCCCAUUCGCAGGAAGAAACGUGGUAAAGAGAACGAUUACUGCAGCAUGCGGCGUUGCUUUUUUCGUGUUGAUCACUUACAUAGGGCUUCCGGCGUUCCUGCUCUCCGCGCUGGUCGUCCAAGUGAAGUGUUUUCACGAAAUCAUCGCCAUAGCGUACGCCAGCAAAAAGGUGCCCGAAAUACCGUCGUUCCGACUGCUCAACUGGUACUUCGUGAUCGUCGCCAAUUACUUCUUCUGCGGUGAAACGUUCCCGCAAUACUUGGUCGCGUUCACCACGAAAUACGAAUUCUUCGCCGCUCUCUUCAAGUACCACAGGGUCCUCUCGUUCUGUUGCUACUUCCUGGGUCUCGUGUGGUUCACGAAUUUAUUGAAAAGAGAAGCUACCAGACAGCAGUUCAGUCUGCUAGCCUGGACCCAUUUCCUUUGCAUAAUCAUCGUGUUCCAAAGUUACACGGUGGUCCAGAAUACCUUCGAAGGCCUCGUUUGGCUCAUCGUACCCAUAUCGAUCGUCUUUCUCAACGACAUAUUCGCGUAUCUAUUCGGGAAAUUGUUCGGCAAAACUCCGCUCACGGAAUUGUCGCCCAGCAAAACCAUAGAGGGGUUUUUGGGUGGUGCUCUCGGUACGGUAGUAUUGGGAAGUUUGUUGGCACACCUGUUAAGUUCGGCAGAGUAUCUGGUUUGUCCUACGAAAUUUAUACUAACGGACGAUCGCAUCGUAAUGAGCAAUAACUGCACUCCGAGCUAUUUGUUCCAGCUUGAAGCGUACCGCUUAGGACCGUUCAGACUCGAGACGUAUCCAUUUCUUUGGCACGUGCAAGUCAUUUCGCUUUUCGCCAGUCUCGUCGCUCCUUUCGGCGGAUUCUGCGCGUCCGGGUUCAAGCGGGGUUUCAAAGUGAAAGAUUUCGCUGAUACGUUCCCGGGACACGGCGGUUUCAUGGACAGGUUCGACGGGCAAUACUUGAUGGCGACCUUCAUUAACGUCUACAUCAGUACGUUUAUAAAGUCGUCGAGUAGUAUCGACAAAAUAUUAGUCAGGGUGUCGCAUUUAAGUAACGACAAUCAGCGGAUCUUUUUCAAUCUGCUGGAAGAAUCCCUCAGAUGGCGGGGAUUGCUGAGCUAGCGUGAAACCAAACGUCAUAUGUGUGAAUUGUGUUGUGUCAAUAAAUUUGUGAGACGGAAAA